AUGGGUUUUUCUUUUGAGAAUCACAUGCCCUUUGUUAAGAUAGAAUUUCCCAGAUUCCGCAAUGGGGAUGAUCCAAUUGAAUGGAUUUACAAGGCAGAGCAACAUUUUGAUUACUGUUCGGUGCCCUAUGAGAAAAAGGUCAAAAUGGUUUCUUUCCAUCUGGAUAGUGAGGCUCUGCAGUGGUAUCAAUGGGAGGAAUGUGCUUCUUCUUUGUCCAAAUGGGAAGAUUUUACCAGGGCAUUUUGCAGAGAAUUUGGCUCUCAUGGGUUUGAGGAUUUUGCAGAGUCGCUCUUUAAGCUUCAUCAAACAGGUCCCUUAAAGGAUUAUAUCGUUGAGUUCCGAUGCUUGGCAACUCAAAUCCGUGAUCUUAGUCUGACUUUUCAAUUGAGCUGUUUCAUUGGUGGAUUAAGGGAAGAACUCAACCAUGAUGUCAAGUUGCUUCGUCCUACUACAUUUCAUGAGGCCAUGAAUUUUGCUCAUGAAGUGGAUGCUAAACUCCAAAAGUUGAGGAAGGAUAUGCCUGUCAAGAAAUUAACCCCUGAAGAAAUCCAAUAUAAACAGCAGAAUAAUCUUUGUUUUUAUUGUGAUGAAAAAUUUGUGAGGGGUCAUAAGUGUUCAAGGAAACAAAUCUUGUUGUUGGAUAUGGGUUAUAAUAGUUUUGAGGAAAAGGAAAUUGUUCAUGAAUUACAACAAAUUGAACAAGUGGCUGAGACUAUGAAACUCACUGCUGUAAUUAAGAACUGUCAUGUUGUGGUAUUGUUAGACUCUGGAUGCUCUCAUAAUUUCAUCGAUAUUGGCAUGGUUAAGAAGUUGGGUUGGAAGUUAGAUCAGUCUCAUAUUUAUGAUGUCAUGAUAACUAAUGGUGGACAAGUUCAGAGUAAAGGUUGUUGUGCUGCGGUUCCUUUAGCCAUCGGGACUUAUAUAUAUACCUCCGAUAUGUUUGCUUUGCCAUUAGGAGGCUGUGACAUUGUGUUAGGGGUUCAAUGGUUGAGAACUCUUUGUCCAAUCUUGUGGGACUUUGAGAGAUUAACUAUGAAGUCUCGGCAUGGGAAUGAGCAAAUUUGUUUGUCCAGUUCUAAACCACAUCCUUCACAACCUAUUUCUUGUCAUUAG